CCGACUCUCCAACAACCAGUUGACGGGUGCCAUUCCCUCGGCCAUAAGGAAAAUGACGUCCCUCCGAUACCUCUACCUCUCACACAACAUGCUCACAGACAGCAUUCCCUCACAAAUGAGCAGCUUGUGGACUCUUCACUACCUCCACCUGGACAACAACAAGCUGGGAGGCUCCAUCCCUGGCGCGUUGAGUAGCCUCUCCAGUCUGGUCUCCCUGUCCAUGGCCAACAAUGAACUUGAGGGGCCCAUCUUUUCCUUCCCCGCUUCUUUCUAUAGACUCACCCACCUUGAGCUAUCCAACAACAAGCUGACAGGAGUCAUACCCACGUCUAUAGGCGUCUUGACGAACCUCAAUGCCCUUGUGCUAUCCAACAACACACUGACAGGAUCCAUACCCACUUCUAUAAUCGGCUUGUCGAAACUUCAUGCCCUCUACCUGAACGACAACAAGCUUGAGGGAUCCAUUCCAAGCACGAUUGGUCUGCUGCACGAUCUCUCAUGGAUGUACAAAACAGACCCCAGCUGGGAGCUAUCCAGCAAUGCCAUAUCCGGCCCAAUCCCCACCACUCUGAGGGAACUCCUCAGCCUCGAAACCCUGAUGCUAGAUGGCAAUGCAUUGGAGUCUCCUAUCCCGACGAGCUUGAGUGCACUGAAGGCGUUGAAGCACAUGGAUGUGAGCAAGAACAAGUUCUCAGAGGACUUUCCGAGUUUCUUCACCCGGAUGAAAAAAAUGAAGCACAUGAAGCUAAGCAACAAUAACUUCACAGGCAGCAUCCCUGCCUCAAUCUCCUCUCUCGUUUCCCUCACCUACCUUGAUCUAGGCUACACAUUGCUGGCCGGCACAAUUCCCACCGCCAUCACCAAAAUGCAACACCUUUCUCGCCUUGACCUGCGCAUACCAACACUCACGGGCUCCAUCCCGGCCUCCAUGGGCGCCAUGCUCGAUCUGCAGUACCUCUAUGUCAACUACGAGGCGACACCAUGCGGUUCCGGGGAGUGCGAGGUGGUGCAGUACUCCGGCACAGCCUUCUGCCGUGCCUGCACUGACUUUUGCGACUCGUGCGAUCGCAAGG